CAGCCCAGGGAAGUCGGCGCUGGCUCCCCUGUGGGUUGGUUCUGCUGUCCACUUGCCCCGCCUCCGGGGCUCCCUUCCCCUCCAGUCCCGAGCUGGGAGCCCCCCAUUGCGGAACUUCCUCCACUCCCUCCCACUUCCUCCCACUUCCCAAAGGGGCCCAGGAGGGAGGUGGACACUCUGAUCCGGCAGGACAGCGGGAGGGCACGCGGGCAUGUGAGCAACUGGGCCAGGUGGCCCUGUCCCCGGUCUGGUUCCUGUACAGCCUGCUCAUGAAGCUGUUCCAGCGCUCCACGCCCGCCAUCACCCUCGAGAGCCCGGACAUCAAGUACCCGCUGCGGCUCAUCGACAAGGAGAUCAUCAGCCACGACACCCGGCGGUUCCGCUUUGCCCUGCCGUCACCCCAGCACAUCCUGGGCCUCCCCAUCGGCCAGCACAUCUACCUCUCUGCUCGAGUGGACGGAAACCUGGUCAUUCGGCCUUACACGCCUGUUUCCAGCGAUGACGACAAGGGCUUCGUGGACCUGGUCGUCAAGGUUUACUUCAAGGACACCCACCCCAAGUUUCCCGCCGGAGGGAAGAUGUCCCAGUACCUGGAGAACAUGAAGAUCGGAGACACCAUUGAGUUCCGGGGCCCCAACGGGCUGCUGGUCUACCAGGGCAGAGGGAAGUUUGCCAUCCGCCCGGACAAGAAAUCCAGCCCCGUGGUCAGGACAGUGAAGUCCGUGGGCAUGAUCGCAGGAGGAACUGGCAUCACCCCGAUGUUGCAGGUGAUCCGCGCCAUCAUGAAGGACCCGCAAGACCCCACUGUGUGCCACCUGAUCUUUGCCAACCAGACCGAGAAGGACAUCCUGCUGCGGCCUGAGCUGGAGGAGCUGAGGAACGAGCAUUCCGCGCGCUUCAAGCUCUGGUACACGGUGGACAAAGCCCCUGAAGCCUGGGACUACAGCCAGGGCUUCGUGAACGAGGAGAUGAUCCGGGACCACCUCCCCUCUCCCGACGAGCAGCCGCUGGUGCUGAUGUGCGGCCCGCCGCCCAUGAUCCAGUACGCCUGCCUGCCCAACCUGGACCGCGCGGGCCACCCCAAGGAGCGCUGCUUCGCCUUCUGAGGGCCGCCCGUCCGCACCCCUGCGCCUGCCACGCUCCUUCACCAUCUUCACCCCAUCUCGCACGUGGCCCUGAGCUCAGCCAGGCCCGCCCGGCCCCGGGUGGUCACCCCACUGGGCCGGCCCCCGCCGGGCUGCCCUGGGAGCCGGGUCCACAGGCUCCUGCGGCCU